UUUGGUACUAGCUUGCGCAAAUCUUUGUCACACUCUACCAGUUUACAAUCUAUUUUUUAAAUUAAACGAAGGUCAGUAGAUGACUAGUCGUUUAACAUUGGGCGAUUGCCGAUUAACCACAAUCUACAAAGUAUGUUUUAUGUAGUGUUACUGCUGUCCACGGAUAAUUCGUAACCACUCGGCUACAUGGUUUUAACUAGUUACCACAGCCAACAAAAUUGGCUAUAUCGUAAAAAUUCAUGAAAACAAAAAUUUGCUUUUGGGUCUUCAAUCGAGGUUAGGGUUGGGUAUAAGGUUAGCUUUGUGAUUUAUGUUUUGGUUUAAAAUCAGAUAUUUAGAGGAUAUAUUUGAGAAAUAGACGAGGUUUGACUCUGGCUGGAGUAACUAGUGAAAAUCCGGCUACAGACCACUUGCGGCAAGAGAGAGUUUCCUUCCUGACAAUCGCAGCUGCUUGUGCGAAGUCUAGCUAGCGGUAGCUUGGUUGGGGCAAGAAACUAAGAUUGAAGAGGAAACUAUUUUGCUCCUCGCCAGUCAACUGCUUUUUUAAACAACUGGUCAUAUGUAAUUCGCGUAGCUAAAUUCUUCCCAGUUAUCAAAUGAGUAUAGAAGCACAUCAAUUCCCUUGACUUUUUAAAGGCCUUUUUUUCCCCUCUACAAAUGAUGUCUAAACGAUUAAGGAAUAGUGAGGUUUGCGCGGAUUGCAGUGUCCCAGAGCCUCGCUGGGCCUCUGUGAACAGGGGCGUGCUGAUCUGCGACGAGUGCUGUAGUGUUCAUCGGAGUCUGGGGAGACACAGCUCCCAAGUGCGUCACCUGACUCACACACCAUGGGCUCCUACACAGCUACAAAUGGUUCAGACGUUAUACAACAACGGUGCAAAUUCGAUAUGGGAGCACUGUCUACUGGACCCGAUGAUGAGUGGUAAACGCAAGGCCAACCCUCAGGACAAAGUGCACCCAAACAAGACAGAGUUCAUAAAGGCCAAAUACCAAAUGCUGGCUUUUGUCCACCGGAUGCCUUGUCGAGAUGACGACAGCUUCACAGCCAAGGACUUAAGCAAGCAACUUCACUCCAGCGUCCGCACUGGUAACUUGGAGACAUGUCUGAGGUUACUCUCUCUUGGAGCCCAGGCCAAUUUCUUUGACCCAGAAAAAGGGAAUACGCCUCUGCAUGUGGCUGCCAAGGCAGGGCAGGUGUCUCAGGCAGAGCUGCUGACCGUCUACGGGGCUGACCCUGGCGCCCCCGACUCCAACGCCAAGACCCCCAUCAACUAUGCAAGGCAAGCUGGCUACCAUGAUCUGGCUGAUAGGCUGGUAGAGAUCCAGUAUGAACUUACUGACAGACUGGCUUUCUAUCUCUGUGGGAGAAAGCCUAAUCAUAAAAAUGGCCAACACUUCAUCGUCCCACAGAUGGCCGACAGGAACAUCAGUUUAGAUUUAUCAGAACUGGCAAAGGCGGCAAAGAAGAAACUCCAGUCUCUCAGUAAUCAUUUAUUUGAGGAGCUGGCGAUGGACGUGUUUGACGAAGUGGACCGAAGGGAGACCGAUGCUGUAUGGCUGGCGACACAGAACCACAGCACCCUGGUGACAGAGACCACAGUGGUGCCUUUCCUUCCUGUGAACCCAGAGUACUCAUCAACACGAAACCAGGGACGGCAAAAGCUUGCGAGAUUUAACGCACAUGAAUUUGCAACUCUUGUCAUCGACAUAUUAAGUGACUCGAAACGUCGACAGCUGGGGAACUCUACGAUAAGUCCCAAAGAAAACGUUGAACUCAUCCUAAAAAGCCGGAGUGGUGGCGAGGGUCUGGACAACGACCAACCGGACUACGACAGCGUGGCCUCUGACGAGGACACGGAUAAGGAGCCACCCUCGGGCAAGGACCGGACCAAGAGUCUAGACUCGGACCUGUCAGACGGGCCUGUCACGGUGCAGGAGUUCCUGGAGGUGAAGAACGCCCUGUCGGCCUCGGAGGCCAAGAUCCAGCAGCUGAUGAAGGUCAACAGCAACCUGAGCGACGAGCUGCGGCUGAUGCAGAAAAAGCUGCGUUCUCUGCAAAGCGAGAACACGUCUCUCAGGCGGCAGGGCCCAACCACCCAUAUCUAUCAGGUCCCCAUCAGCAGCGGGUCAGAGUACACUGACCCUUCUUCCUCCAGUCCCUCGGCCAUGAAGCGCCGGCAGUCAGCGCGGGCCAGCCGGCCCAUGUCCAUGUCUAUUUAUGAGACUGGCUCAGGUCUGAAGCCCUACCUCCCUAAAGGGGACACCCCCUACCCAGAGGAGGGUGUCCCCACCCUGCAACCCUUCCUCCCACCUCAUACGGGAAGGGGUGCUUUUGUGACCUCUUCAUCCCUCCCCUCCUUCCCAUCCACCCAGUCCUGGUCUCGGGACAAAAGUGCUCUAAGGGCCUCCAAGCUGGACAAGCAGAGCAGCAUGCCAGACAGUGACUAUGACAACACAACCAAUGACUAUGAGAUGAAGGACUCUGGUAGACGUGGGAGGCUGAGGAGCAGUGGCUGGCUGGGGGAGGGCAGCUCCAUCCCUGAGCUGGAUGACCUGGGGGCAGAACCGGACCCAGCGCUCCCCAGCACUGAGGAUGUCAUCCGCAAGACGGAGCAGAUCACCAAGAACAUCCAGGAGCUGCUCCGUGCCGCGCAGGAGAACAAGCACGACAGCUUUAUACCCUGCUCCGAAAGAAUAUAUGUGGCCGUGACGGAGAUGGCCGCUCUCUUUCCCAAGAGACCCCAUUCGGAGAUGGUGAGAGGCCCCCUGCGCCUGUUGACGUCUAGCUCCUUCCGGCUCCAGGGUGAGUGUCGGAAGGCUACGCCCCCCGAGGAAGGCCCGGGGCCCGACCUGCAGCUGGUCACCCAGCAGGUUAUCCAGUGUGCCUAUGACAUUGCCAAAGCUGCCAAGCAGCUUGUCACCAUCACCACCAAAGAGAACAGCAACUGACCAUCAUGGCCACCGUCGCAGGGCUUUUAGAUACCUUGUGGCCCUGUAACGUCUCCAUUUUGUUAAUGUAUUGUUCAUCCAUUAACGUCUGUUAAAAAAAAAAAGCAUUGUUUUACUGUGGUCGUUUAAAAAAAAAAAAUCAGUGUUGGUGAUAUUUGCAUGUAAUUUAUUUAAAUACAAAAUGUACAAAAUGAGAGUAUAAAUAUUGGGACACAAAGACUGAACAGCUAUGGGAAAUCAUCCGUAGCUCUACUAACUGGAAGGGAGAAGCUGUUUGUCGUGAGCUACUACAGGAAUCCACAGUACAGCCAAAUACUGACAAGAUGAUUGGGCAUUCCCAGGAGAUCCUUUGUCGCUAAUAUGCAGUUUCCUAACCGCACUUCUUAGUUUUGUGGUUCUACAUACUUCCAGAUACAGUAUUUCUCACACCAACGAAGAAGCCAUGUUUUGUUUUGCUCCCUAACACCUAUACCGUCCUCCUUAGAAAUGCCUUUCAUCCACUUUGAUGCUCCUUGUCAGAACCAGGGGCCUCACACUGGCAGCCCCCAAGCCAAAUGCGUCCCGUAAGCAAAUUGAAUGCGAUCCAGUAUAGUAUUCCACAUGGUUAAGGAUGUGGUGAAAGCUAUGAAUAAGCCGGAAGUGUAUAACAAACUUUACACACCUUGGAGCUACAUAACUAUGGAAUUCUAAUGUAUCAUUUAAUACAAUUCCAGCAAGCGUAGGGAGGAAUGUUGGGAGAGUUGGAUCUGAUAAACCAUCACUCAUCUGUGCACAUUUUUGUAUCCCUGCAAUGCCCAUGUCUCCCCCGUCCAAGUGUAAUUGCUUUCAUUUCAAACGGCAUCUACUAGAACCAUCUAUGCCUAUUAUUGCAUUUCAACACUUGUUCAGAGGGGCAAAUGAUGCUCUUCACCAGCAAUAUGUUGUACUUGUAUUGAGUUCUAGUGAAUAUUGUAUUUAUAAGUUAAGAUGCUAGACACAGUCUUGUGCUAGAACAGUGUUAGUGCUGUGACAGUGGAUAGAUUUGCAGCGCAAAUAAUCAUUUGCCCUCUUCCAUGUGUUUUUGUGCUCCAUUCUAUAAUGCUGCUAGCCUUAUGACAUGUGCAACUAAUUGGAUAGGAUUGUAGAUAUCUCCUCUGCAAGUGGCUGGUUGUCGUCAGCAUAUGGUUCAGAGCUGUGUUAUACUUGAAAUGUAAUCAAGGAAAUGUCCCUCUGUGCUUGACUCUUGUUCUGAAUGGACUUCAAAACAGGUGUCAGUUGUGCAGUAAUCAUAGCUACAGUUGGGGGGGAGCCUUAUUUUUUUAAAUAAACUUAAUUUAUAAUUGUAA